GCAGCUAAUUUGCUUUUCCUGGCAGAAUUUGGGUCCAAUCUUUUUUGCUUUUUUUCCUACCUAAGUAACAUUUUCCCCAGCCUGGAGGCCACACAAGUCAAUCAAUAACCCAAGAUACUUAUUAUAGGGCACAGUGGGUGGAGCCUAUAUUACCAUCUGCCUAUAUGACCACUCCUCAGUUUCUGAAGAGAAGCUCGUUGUAUGGUUCUUCUGACUUUUGCACCCAGAUCUGCAACCAUGAAGGUGGCUAUUAUCUUUCUUCUCAGUGCCUUGGCCCUGCUCAGUUUAGCAGGUAACACUACAGCUAAGGUGAUCGGAAAACAGGCUAAUUGCUAUGAUACAACGGUGGGAUGUUCCAAGGUUUAUGACCCUGUGUGUGGAACCGAUGGAAUUACUUAUUCCAGUGAAUGCGUUCUGUGCUUUGAAAACAGCAAAUGGAGAUGUUUAGAGAAAUCCAAGACUGGCCCAAAUAUAAAGAAAACUUUCCUCUACACUGACCGCUGCCAACUGGUUGACCUACAACACAGCCUCAACAUCUAGGACUCAGAAAACUUCAUGGAAGAGGAAAAGAAGGAUUGCAGAAUCUAGAACACCAGGAUGUCUGCUACAAGAUGGUGUCUUCUAUAUAUGACAGGGAAGCUAGUCUAGUCUUCUAAACAAGACAUGCAUACCAAC